CAUGAACCAAUCCUCACAACCCAUAUCAGUAUCACUACUCUUUCCACUCUCCCUUCCCUAAUUAUUCACUUUGCUCUUUGUGUUUCAAGUUUUCUUUCCCCACUAAGUGUGUAUUUGCCUCUUUCUUUUACUUCCAAUGGCCACUGUUGACGUUACUGUUGAGGUCCCUCCUGUCGCCCCAGCAUUGCCAGAAAACGAAACAAUUCAUGAAGCGAGCAAGACCCAAGAGCCACAGCCGGAGCCCGAGCCAGAAGAAGAACAAGUGGGUGCACCAGCUGCCCCAGAAGGAGUUGAAGUGGCUCCCCCAGAACAGCCAGUGGCUGAGCCAGAAGUAGAGGAAGUGGCCGCACCACCUGCCCAACAUGAGGAAGCUGUGGCUGCACCGGAAGAGAAAGUGGCUGCCCCAGAAGAAGCAGAAGUGGGUGCACCAGCUGCACCAGAAGGAGUUGAAGUGGCUCCCUCAGAACAGCCAGUGGCUGUGCUAGUAGUAGAGGAAGUGGCCGCACCACCUGGCCCACAAGAGGAAGCUGUGGCUGCACCAGAAGAGGAAGUGGCUGCCCCAGUGGGUGCACCGGGUGCCCCAGAAGAAGUUGAAGCGGCUGUCCCAGAGGAGCCAGCGCCAAAAAUGACUGAAGAACCAAAUGAGGCAGCACCAGCACCCGAAGAACCAGCCGCUGAGGGAGUGGUGGCUUCAGCUGAUAAGACUGAGGAAUAGACAGACAAGACAUAAGAAGUGAAACUGCAGCAGAAGCUUGUUUACCAGUGGGCUCUCCUAAGGUUGCAUUGCAUGUCGAGUCGAGUUGAGUUUGUAAUCUCAUUUUUAGCCUAUUUUUGGUUAUUCGCCACCUCCACUACUACUACUACUACUACUACUACUACUAUUAAGUUAAAUUAAGCUUUUGUAUGGGAGUUCUGGAAGCUAGGACCAAUAUUUGAUCCCUGGGUUCCACGUCAGCAUAGUUGCCAAGUGGCAUAUUGGGUUUGGUGCAUACGGUGAAGGGUCGAGGCUUGUGGAACAUGUAUGGAUGUCAUCGGUCCCAGGAGGGUCAAUUGAGUUCGAGACAGUGUGUUGAGAUGUGGUCUCUAGGCUUGAAUAAUAACAACAAUAAUAAUAUUUCAUUUUUGUUUA